UGGAGAACAUGAAUAUCAUUAACAUUAAUAACUAACUGCAACUAAACGGAGAAAGUUUAGGCACGUACGUUUAUAGUUUUAACUGAAAAAGCCAUUGGGAGACGUAUUAACUUCUCCGCUUCCUAUUGGACGAAAGCGUACCACGUGGUUACAUGUAAACCCGGAUAUUUUCCUUUAGUUGACUGAUUUAGUUUAAUUUUCCGCAACAUACAAACAUUAAAACUGCCGGAUCACCAUAAAAUAAACACGCCACGGUCCGUGGUUAUGUUAUAGAUUAAAAAUAAUGUUAAAGUUUGUGAACCGUGAGUCAAGCUGAGUUUCCCGUGAAAGGCAUCGUUCCCUCCCCAGUUAAAUGGGUUAUCGCUUCUCGGCCGUUUGGCUCAGACAGCGGUCCCCUCCUUUGGGUGGUGAUAGCGGUAGUCUUUGUGACUUGGCUGUUGCCACUGAUUUUGAGGUUCAGUAAAUUUAGUCCCCCGGGUGAGAUAUUGACCACUAAGUAGUGGAAAAUAUCUUUUACCUUUUAUUUGUAUUUAUUGGUGUUUUUUAACUAUUUAUUGAUUUUAGUAAAGGUUUUAAACCUUUAACUGGUGGUGCCUCCACCAUGGCGGCUAUCCAUGCCGGCAUGCGGAGGCACCACAGUGUUCGAUUUUUAUUUAAGGAAAGAGAAGAAGAAAAUAGAAUAACAAGAUUGGACUUUUCCAGAAAACUAAUCCAACAGGUGCUGAAGUUUCGGCCAGAUGACCUGAAUUGUAUCCUUACCCUGCCUUUCAACAAAGGAUAUGACGUAAGUUUUUGCUCUGCCGCACUUCUUAAGGAGUUUUGGACACGGUUUGAAAAUGCUAAGACCCAGUUUUCAGCUUUUGACGUCGAGAAACUGACUGACAACUCCCUGAAAACGGUGAUUGUCAGGAUGUUCAAUGAGACUGUCAGUGCUGAAGACAUCUGUAUGUGGCUGGGUAGAUACUGCACUGUGAGAGGCCAGGCUAUGAAGGUGCGGGAUGUGGACGGCAUCUGGAGCUGUGCUUGGCGGGUCCCCAUUAAACAAUGGGAAGACCCCCAAGGCUUCCAGGGCCUGAAGCAUCUCCCCUCAAUGAUAGUUCUGGGGGAGAACAGAGGCUACAUUCACUAUCAAGGCCAACCCAAACUGUGUCGGAAGUGCGGCGAGCAUGGUCAUCUGGCCGAAACUUGUGAGAAAGUUUUCUGUGGUAAAUGUCGAGAAGUGGGACACACUUUUGAUGAAUGUACGAACGGGCGGAAAUGUAAUUUGUGUGGUGGACAGGAUCAUUUGUUCAGAGACUGUCCAAAAUCGUUUGCAAAUAAACUGAAAAAAGGAAAAGAGACGCUAACGGAAACGGCUAAUGAGCAAGUGGAAGCAGCUGGGUCGGAAAAUUCAAAUCUCCCGCCAGGUCCUCUGAUUGGAGGAGAGGAGGAGAGGGCGGGAAGCGGGGAGGGGAAGGAAGCCCCCCCCCAGACCGAAACAUCCAGUGAGGGGGGGGAGAUGCUAACCGAAGGCGGAGCUAGCUCGGACUCUGAGGAAGAACAGACGGACAGCAGCGAUGAUGCCCCCCUCCCCGACGCCCAGCUGGCUAAGAGGCCGGCAUCUGAGUCACCUCCCGACCUUACCCCCAAGGACCGGGAACCAGUGACUCCAGUGCGCGGCCUCCUGUAUGGAGACGCCUCCACCGUUUGGCGCAACGUGAGCCAUCCCGUCCUUCCAAACAGACUCCAGGACCUGUCAUGGAUGGUGGCUCAUGGGAUCCUGCCGGUCAGAGCCGUCAUGCACUCCCGCGGCAUGUCUGCAACGGCCAUCUGCCCCCGACCCGGUUGUGGCGCGCCGGAGUCGGUGAGGCCCCUGCUGUGGGAGUGCAGCGCUGCUGUGGACCUGUGGGCGAAGGCCGGCUCCUUGCAAUUCCCAUACUUGCCAGCAAGGGAGGUCCUCCAUGCACAGUUAGUGCUGUACGGGGUGAGCCAGCAGAAAAUGACUAAAAAAGACUUCGCUGAGAUGUGGCUCACCCCAGCCACCAUCAAAAACGCCAUUUGGACCUCCAGAAACUUGCUGGUGAGCAGGCGCAGGCAGAUGCCCCCCGUGGCUGUGAUCCGGAUGGCAGCAGCAAAAGAGGAACAUCAAGGGCUGCAGGUGGCGCGCCAAGGACACAGCCACCAAGAAGAAUCGCCUGCGCCUCCGUGGACGAAGGAGCCGGCGCUCCACGAGCAGAGGUCCAAGCAGCGGCGGCCUGGCUCUCCGGGUGAGGCAGGAGGGAAGGAGCUUUAGGGCGGGAUCCCCUCUGAGCACCAAGCGCUGUCUGGAAGGACGGGACGGCUCCGGACUUGGGAGGGAGUCACCCCGGUCCUGCUCAACUUUUAACACACAGAGAUUUUGUAUUUUAUAAUUCUUGUUCUUAGCUUCUUUUAGCCUAAAUUGAUGAAUUUGUAAGUUUUUAGAAAUUUCUGAAUAAUUGCAACAAUGUAAUGUUUUUAAAUGUUUACA